AAAAACCAGGUCACACUUGGCACUGCAGGGACACUCCUCACUUGCACGCGUCUGCACUAGUAGUCAGCACAUCCAGUAACAUUAUUCCCUCCGGUCUGCAGUUGGAGGUUGAUUCAAUGAAUUGAUCUGGAACUGAACGUUUCCUGGAAAGGAGAAGGUCACGAAGGUGCUGGUAGUUGUCAGAGGAGUUUCUCCAGUUAGGGCGUAUGCUGUAUCGUGUCUCGUAGUGGGAGUCUUGAACGAUAGGAGCGUCCCGGCGCGCUGACACCAUCUCGUUGAGAAAAUGAAGUGCGGAGUGCCGCCCAUCGUUGUGCUGAUCAUACAUGUAGGUGUGUUCGGAGUGAUACUACGGGACACUGGAGCAACAGCCUCGACAGCAUGCAUUUUGUCUGGAAGUGCAGGAAAUCUUACCAUUGAUAAUCACGCUAGGCUGACAAGUGCGCCCGGCGCUGGACCACUUCGCCAACCGCGGACAAUUGUCCCUUUCCCGAACAUAUCCUUCUACAGCAGCUGUUCACUUGUCCAGAUUGAUAUUAUUGCAGACGGGCUUGGGUCGCUCUGCUACCCAAACUUGGCCAUAUUGGAGGAAUUCCCUGGAAAAAAGUAUCAGACUGCCUCUAAACUCAUUCCACCUAGUACACAUAUGGGGGGCAUUGCAACAUGGACUGCGGUGCCCCUUGAUGGCUACAUAUCUGAUAACAGCAGUGUGACGAAAGCUUAUAUACUUGGGAUCGCCGUUCAAGCCAACUGCCAGUUGAAUACAAAAGUCAUCUCAUCGGAAUUCGCUUUCGUCUUGCUGCAAGGCACAGCACCCCGUGUGUUACAGAAGUUUUCCUUUGGUGCGGCCCUAGAACCUCGUGUCACAUUGACCAUCCGUGCAUUGGAUGCGUGCCAUCAUGCUGCAUGUGAUACCUGCCAGACCCUCUAUCGAAGCUGUCCUGCAUUAGCAGGGGCAAGUGGAACAAGUCAGCAUCAAUACUACUGCAGUAGUGCAUCUAACUACACCUGCCCAACAUCAACUGUCCUGCAGCCUACAAACCGUACAAUGCAGCCGACAACCUCUCCUCAACAGAACACCUCUGUAGCAGUUACAGCAACGCGUGUCGAUGUGGCUACAUCUUACACACUUAAAUAUAACUCAUCCAGUGAAGUCUCAACGCAAACUACAGCGGCGGAUGUUACGCAGCCGGCAAACAGUACAACACAGCCGACAGCCUCUCCUCAACAGAACACCUCUGUAGCAGUUACAGCAACGAGUGUCGACGUGGCUACAUCUUACACACAAAAAUAUAACUCGCCCGGUGAGACAUCCUCCCCACAUCCCAGCCCAUUGACAGGAACAUCCAAGCCUGAUUCAUCCGCUCCAGUAUCACAAAUUACUACAACAAGUGCAGAUGUGGCCAUCAUUUAUGUCUCAGGGCCAUCAACUAGCGUCAUCUUGUCCAUUGGUGUGCCCUUGAUAAUCCUCGCACUGUGCUUGCUACUAGUACUACUAUACCGAAGGAAGAAGCGCAACUCCCUGGCAGAAGCUGAUCAGUCACGGCUGCGACAUCUAGAGUCCGAAAACGGGCUGAUGCUCCCGCGUCCCUCAGGUAGCUAUGCAGCCCAACCUCAGACAAGUAGUGGAGCAGCACAAAAUCGGUCCGAGACUGUAUACUAUGAUAUUGCGUUGGAACCAGUGAAAGCAAGUAAUUCCAUGCGGAUUUCCAGGUCUUCGGCCAUUGCUGACGGUGAGAACCAGCGCCCUGACGAUGCGGACGUUCCAACGGCUUCAUUGAACAGUGAACAUCACCUCGCCCCGCUAUACUCCGAGCCGGACGCACCUGCAGAUGCCAAUGCCAGAGCGCAGGGAUGUCACUACACCCUACCAUCUACAGGUACACAAUCACGUGCCAACCGCUAUGAAAGCCUGGGUCCCCAUAGCAACGCUCUCCCUGGUGGUACAUCUCCCACUGAGAAUGGAGCAAACAAUGCUGGGAACACGCCCGUAUCAUCCUCCUUUACUCAUGACAAUACUCGGCAUCAGGUCUACGAGAACGUCUCCACGGAGCUGUCAGGCGCCGUCAAAUUGUGAACACACCUACGAUUCCAUAUUUGCUGAUCUGUAAGGAGACCUUGAGUCUGUGGGGAUUGCCCUAUUAAAUAUGAAUAGAUAAUAAUAAUCUUUGUUCAUUUUUCAGUUGCAAGUUUAUUGAUAGUACACGCAUUCGUUAUUGCUCUCGCUUUCAUUGUUAAAAUUCACACUUGUAAAUUUCACUGCUGUUGUUCCUAGCGUUAUUUCUCUAACUUAGAUCUUCGAUAAUAGUUCAAUUUU